AUGUUCGAUAUUAACGAAGAUAACAACACAACACCUAUAAACACUUCUCUCACUUAUGGACUGUAUGGAUCAAUCACACAUGAUGAAGCACCAAUAUAUAAUUAUAACGUUAACAAUAAAUAUAAAGAUGAUGAUGACACAACACCAAUAAACAACGAUGACACAGCAUCCAUAAACAGUCCCACAUAUGAACCAUACGAGCCAACUAUAAAUGAUGUUAAACUAAUAAUUAAUGAAAAUGAAAAAGUUCAUGCAAACUUGAAGCAAAUACAAAAUCACCAAUCAGUUUCAGCUUUUUAUCCUUUUACUGUUUACGAUUCUUUUAAAAAUGAUGAUUUACUAUAUUCGUCCAUUGAAUCUGAUGACUAUAUCAAUAAUAUUUCACGUUGUAAAAAAGAUCCAACUUUACAAAAAUGUGGACAUCCUAAACAUGAUGAAUAUAAAGGUCAUCUUAAAAAUACAAUUGGUGCAUUUAUUAGAUUACCAAAAAGACUAGAAGCAUGCCUGAAUAUUGAUAGAGGAACUUUGAUGUGUGGAAGAUGCAUCUAUCGAACUGAUAGAGAUCCUGAGUAUACUUCUCACAAGAAAUACAUUUCUCGUCGUUCUAUAAGAAAAAAAUGUCUACUUGUUAGAUUGAACAUUGAUAUGAAUUUUUAA